AUGGAGCCGUUCGACCACAUCUUCUCUCUGAGCGCCGUAAAUAUGUCUCACCAGAGAGGCCCAGACCAUCUCAUCACUCGUCUAAUGAAUAAGCUCUUUGAACUACUUGAGGAACGUCAUGUCAAGCCCAUCAACCCCAUCCACGUCUCGUUCACUGGUGUUGACAUCGCGGUGCGUUAUCUUCGUGCAGGCAAGCACAUCGCACAGUUUGUAAUUUCGGAAGGGCCCGAGCCGAAAAUUUCAGCUUCUGUAAGCUUCACCGUUCGCCUCAACGGAAACAAGUUUGCUCACUGUGCCGCAAAGGUUGAAUCUUGGCAAAUUGCACUUGCAGUGACAGGACAGUUAAUGCGCAAUCCCUAA